AUGUUAAUUAAGUUUACUUUAACACUUACCAGAUUGACACGAGCACGAGUUGCCUCUCUUAACGGGCCAGUGUUCCACACGGACCUGACCCCCACCAAUCUGCUGCACUUGGCAAAACUGUGCUACGUUAGGACGCUCACACCCGUAGGAAAUUAUGGUGACGAAGGUUUAAGUGACGACCUCUAUGGGGAAAUAGAUCUAGCGGAUCCGGACGAGUUAGUGGCCAAGGCAGUAGAUGAACUUCCCCGAAAAGUUGGAGGGGUUUUGGGAAUCAGAGACAUUAUCAAUAUUGGGAUCGGAACCCAUGACGAGAGAUAUCUUCCCUUUUUCACGCUAAUGGUUGAUUACGAAGAUUACACAGGAACUACUCAAACCUCCAAAGUCUGCCUUCUUCUCUCAACCACGUUAGAUUUUUUGUUCGAAAACGAACUCGAAUCUGAAAUCUGGGAUUGUCGCCCCUAUGUGUGGAACUGUCUUCGUGGGAAAAUGUUGGAUGAUCCUGUCGGAUGGCUGGAGGAUGUCAAGACUCUUGAGAGCCUUAAGCGUCCAGAUGUGCUCCAGGAAACUAUGGUGACGAAAGUACCUCCAUCGUCCGAGUUGACCAUAAAUGAGGUACAACUCGAGUGGCGAUCGUGUGAAAAAGGGGCCCAACUAUCUUAA